GCUGGCCUUUGGUCUUUGAACUUUUACAGUAUUUACACCUUUCCUUUAUGAGACUAUGACUGAAUGACAAGUUGUAGUUUGAACGCUGUUUGAAUUUAUAGCAGUUUCAAUAAAAGACUACGAAUCACUGCAAAAAUGACAGAUAAGGAAUUAAGGGAAGGUAUUCAUAGUAGACUAUAGCUUAUUAAGCAUAUUGCUAUUAUAUUAUUAUUUUUGGUAAGCCUAAUCCAAUUCUAAUCUAAGGCCACUAAGGGCAGUAAGCCUGAGUAAGGGGCUAAGUCUAAGUUGUAGUUGUAGCCUAAGCAUUUUUGUAAUAUUUAAUUAUUAACUCUCUGUACCCAUCGAAACUGUCUUUCUUUAUCUAGUUUUAACUUCUUUAAAUUUUAUUCCAUUUAAAUCAAAUCAUUUAUUAAACAAUACCGAGGCUGAGUAGCAUUGUAUUAGUAUUAUGAUUAUGUAAAUUAAUAUGAAUAUGUGUUGGCCUGUGGGGGGAGGGGCCAUGGGGGGAACUUGAUUCCUGUUGCCAACAUCAGGAGGUGCCAAAAUCGUUUUUUUAGCAUCUUGAUAUUAAAUUUAACAAGAAAAUUCCACGUACUUCACACUGUCACAGGGCACAUAACUUUAUCAUAUUUUUUUAUAUUUUCAUAUUUUUUACUGGUGGGUGUGCCCCAGGGUCCAUAACUUUAUCAUAAAUUUUCAUAUUUUUUACUGGUGGGUGUGCCCCAGGGCCCUUAACUUUAUCAUAAAUUUUCAUAUUUUUUACUGGUAGGUGUGCCCCAGGGCCCAGUUUGCAAUCUUUUCUUUUGAGGGGAGGCAUUUUCAGCCUUCGCCCCAGGCACCAUUUUUCCUCAGCGUGGCCCUGGACCUAAUCAAGACCUAGACUUACCAUUACUAACUUGUUUAAGUUUAAUAGUAUUAAAGCAGACGUAGGCCAGGCUACACAAUAAUAGUAAUUAUUGAACCAUGGCUAAAUGGCUCUGCAAACAUUUUUGAGUGAAUAUAUCAUAUUAAAAAUGUAGGUGCCAUAGGCAGGGGUUUUGAAAAUAUUUAAGCAUCAGGAAGGGGCAGAUUGAAAAAGAUAAUAAGCACAUUGUUAGUUGGAAUGAUAUUUUUCUUCUGAUGCUUAAAAUUGAGAAAUGAAAAUAAAUGGGUAUAUUCAUUAUUAUUAUUUUGGUCUCAAUUUGUACUGUUUUACCAGUACAAUAAUGUUUUUUUAAACUUUUUGAUUGAGUACAUCUGAUUUCCAGGCAUAAAUAAAUAAAACAAAAAUAUAUAUAAUUCAUCCAAAUAAGUAUAAAGAAAAUAUUUUUACAAAUGAAUUCCCCAUACUUAAGUAUUUGUUGUUCCUAAAGAAUUUAAUGUCCUUGUUUUAUUUUUAAAAUAUUAAAAUGUUGUGUUUUUUUAAAUUUGAAAAUAAUUGUCACCUCAUACAAUAAGCAUGCAGAUACAGUGCCGAAGCAGUGCAUUUAAAUAGCUGAUAAAUUAAACAUGAUCUUGAAAAAUUUACAUUUAAGUGGGAUGGCAAUAUAAUUAUUUUUUUUUUUAAUAUGAUAGGGGCCACCAUUCAUAAAUAACAUUAGACCAUCACAAAUUUGUUAAAUAAUUUAGACACCCUCAUAACAUAUCAUCACUAAUUCUUAAAACUAGCAUUAGACCCUAAGACAUGUGUCAACAUCUAUGGAUGGCUUCAUGAGAAGAGAUGCAUCUAUUCAUUCAAAGAGUCACUUGUGGCUUUGGAUCUGCAGGCACCUGGUGCAUUAGGCUUUAAUAAUAACUAUUAUCUAGGCCCAGGUCUAUUAAUUAUUGAUAAAAAAUAAAAAGUUGACUAAUUUUUUUAAUUAGUAUUGGGCAAAUCUUAAUCUAUUAUUGUGUUUCCACACAAAUAGUAUUACUCCAUAAUGUGUGUAAGCCUAUUCAGUAGUAAUAAUCUUUGAAUAAAUUAAGUUUCAGGCCUCCAUCAUACUUUUAUUACAUAUUGUGGGCCCCAAUAACAACAACAAAAAACUGCCCUCAACAGAAGUCUAUGGAAUUAUCUUAAAAUGUUUAGACUUUAAGAGAAAAGUAAUUAAAUGUUUAUUACCUAACAACUCUGAAGCAUUGGCUGUGUACCUAACUUUAUUUAAGGUGUCAACAAAAGCCUUGGUAGCUGGAUCACAAAACUUGAGUGUGGGGGGGAUGUUGAAAAGCAGCAUUUCUUUAAGAAAAGAUUUGUUGACAGUUUAAGAGUGGCUCCAAUAGCAACCCACACAGACAAAGCCAAUGAACAACACUAUGAAGUCCCAACCGAAUUUUUUCUUCAGGUAAUUAAAUGUUUCUUAGAAUGUGUUGUCUUCAGAAAGAUUCAGAAUAGGGAUGUAUGUAGAAAUGGGUCAGUGUUUUCACUUUCCACUCAAUAUUUCAUGGUAUUUUGUAUUUGUAAUACAGUGUGUUUUUUUGGAGGUUUUAUUAGAUUUCGCUGCACUGUUUAAAAAGCAUUUGCAAUAAGCUAGUUGUGUGUUGUUGUUUUUUUGUAAAAGGGUGGUUGAGGGGGGGGGGGGGAGUACAGAAAUGUUUUGAUUUUUUUUUAUUUGUUCUAGAAAGCACUUAACAAGUAAAAAAAAUGUCUCUUUCAUCUCACAAUAAUUUUCAUUAAAGUCCAUUGCUUAUCGUUUAACACAUGACCUUAGGCAAAGAAAAAUUAUUUUAUCAUUAGCCACCACUAUGUAUAAAUGAGCUGCUUAAAAAAAGAAAAAAAAUUCCUAUUUGGUGAACUACCCAAUCCCUCAGCAACUUAUACUUGUAAUUUUUAUUAGAUUUGUUUACCUCAAAAUAUCUUUCUGCAUAUUGUGUUUUGAAUUUCCUUAAUUAAAAUUUUUGCUUUCAUUAGUCUAAACAAAAUUUUCUGUUGACAGGCUUUGGGAAAGAGACUUAAAUACAGUGGGUGUGUCUGGCCUGAGGGAGUUACCACUCUUGAUGAGGGUAUGUUAAAUAAUAGAUAUGUUCAUUUACAUUAAAUAUAAAUAAAUCAUCUGCUUGAAAUAAACUUUAAAAAAAAAAAGAAACUAGUAUUAACUCUCUUUUAAAACUCUAAUCUGAAUUUUAGUUUCAUUUUGCAUAUGUCUGUUAGAUUUUUUUCCUCCUUCAAAACUGACUUGGUGAUUCCGCUCUUUAAUUCUCCAGCGGAAGAUGCCACACUGGCACUGUACUGUGAGAGGGCUAAGCUUGAAGAUGGUCAUUCUGUUAUGGUAAUAUUAAUAUCACUGAUAGUGUGAAUCACUCUUUUAUACAAAUGUGGCAUACCUACCAGUAACUUAUAACAUUAGGACAGAAUGUGUAGUGUGCUGAUACAGGGAACAAUUUUAUAUUUUUCGUACUGUGGGGAAAAUACUUCCUAGAUCAUUUACCCAUUUUAAAGUGAAUAAACAAGCAAAUACCUUUGUAGAAAUUAAAAAAUGUUGAUGUAAUUUAACUUACUCAAAUAAUUCUCUCUCCAAAAACGUAUUUUUGUGCUACUGGAACACAUCAAUUUUAAAAUGGAUAAUUAGAUUGCGAGAUCAACCAUGUUUUUAUUUUAAAAGAUAUAUACAUUUGUGCUUUUAUGAAAUUAGCUCAAAAUUAAUGUGUUAUAUUUUUUGAACAUUUCAAAAUUCAUAUAUAUAUAUAUAUUUUAUAUAUAUAUAUAUAUAUAUAUAUAUAUAUUAAUAUAUUUGCAAUCUUCCAAUAGCUUUAAAAAUGUAUUUCUGGGUUUAUAAAGGUAGUUAUGGAGCUUGAGAAUUUUGAUUUUUCAAUUUACAUCAUUCAAUUUCACAGGACCUUGGAUGUGGAUGGGGUUCUCUUACCCUCUACAUAUUAGAAAAAUAUGAAAACUGUCGAGUUACGUGUGUCUCCAACUCGGCCACGCAAAGGGCAUUCAUCCAGGAGAGGGCAGAGAAAAUGGGAGCGGCUGGCCGACUAGAAGCCAUCACAGCAGACGCAAACACUUUCACAACUUCUGAUCGUUUUGAUAGGAUUUUAUCAAUAGAGAUGUUGGAGGUGAGAAACAUUUCUAUGUGACAAGGGUAACAGUAAAGAUUUCUUAUUUUAGUUAUUGUUUUUUUUGUCAACUCUUCACUUAUUUCCUCUACUUUUUUGUAAUUUUCAGCAUAUUUUUCUUGGAGAGCCACCAUAACCAACAUUUAAAAGUUUUUAUAACAAAAUCACAUUUCAAUUCAUACCAAUGAAAAAUCAUUAGUAUUUUGUCAUUGAAGUCACAUGGUUUGCAUCACAAAUCAUAUUAUUCACCGUUUAUUCAUUUAAAUCAGAAUUUUCAGCCUAAUUCACCAGCACUAUAAGAUUCAUUACAUCUAUAGUUUGUAAAUGUAUGGCAAAACACUAAAUAAGUCUUUGAUAAGAUGAACACUUUAUUUAUGUUAUGCUCUUACUCACAUUAUAUCAAUCUGUUAUUACUUUACAAAAUCUCUCAUAUUUUAACUACAAAAUAUCUCUUAUUCUAACUACAAAAAAAUCUCCUAUUCUAACAUGCAAAAAAUCUCUCCUUUUCUAACAACAAAAUCUCUCCUAUGCUAACAACAAAUUCUCUUCUAUUCUAAUCAUAUACCUAAUAAAGUCUCUCCUGUUGUAACUAUUACCUAACAAAAGAUAUCACCUAUUCUAGAAAUUAAAAUAUUUAAAGCACUCUGUAAUGUAUGUAAAAAUUGGGAAUUUUUGGAAUGUGUUUGUAUUGAGCAGUGUUUUAAAAUAUAUUUUAGUCCUUCACCAUUCCAUUCAUUAAGAGCAGGUGAAUCGAUUCUACAGCAGCUGUUAGCCCCCAUAGGCUAUUGUAUGAGUUAGGCUAUACAAAGAUGUUAUCAAUAUUCCCCUUCAUUUUAUUGAAAAAUUUCUACAAUUCCAGCAUAUGAAAAAUUAUGGAUCCCUUUUCCAACGUAUCUCCUCGUGGUUGAAGCCAGCUGGAUUGCUCUUUGUCCAGAUAUUCUGCCAUAGGCAUCAGCCAUAUGCAUUUGAUGUCAAGCCAGGCUCAGACACUGAAUGGAUGGCCAAGAAUUUUUUCACCGGUGGGACCAUGCCUUCAAGUGAUCUGUUCUUGUUUUUUCAGGUAGGGUCCUCUACUCAGUAAUGCACAAUCGGACAAAUUAGGUUUAACCAUGAGGCCAAAAAGAAUCAAAACUAUUUUCUAUUCUUAAAAAUUCUUGUUUAACUAGUUUAAUUAAGAUCUAAUUAUAUCUUUAUAUUUGUAUUUAAUAUUAAUUUAUAAAAUCUGAAAAUACUCAGCGUUACCUGUGGUCCUUGUACUGGACUGAUACAAUUAUAAUUUAAAAAAUCUUUUUUUUUUUAAAUUUAGCCAUUGAGUUAUAAGAAAUUAAUCAUUUUAAUUUUACGAUAUUCAAAUAUUCCUCUUCUUAAUCUAGAUCAGGGGUCUCAAACUCUUGCGGCCCGCGGGCCUUUUGCAGCCCGCAAGAAGAUUUUUAUGCCCGCCACGUGAAAGCAAAUUUAGUGUUAAUGCGGCCCGUACAGUUUCCCCAUUCUUAUAUCUAUAAUGUGACCCUCCGCGACGGUUUCAGUCCAACCUCACCAAUUCUGAUUUUUAUUAUUUUCUAUAGAUUUGGACGUUGAUUAUAAUGGAACAAACCAUUUAAAAUCGGACUAAAAUUUUUUAAUUUGUAGCAUUUUAUGAGACAAACAUUGGCAAAGUACGGUUUUGAGAAAACACGCUUUGAAUAUUAUAUGUACAAAUUUAACAUUUUAAAAAGUCAGUUAGUGGCACAAUCAUAAUUGUGUAAAUCAUAGCAGUCUGACACAGUAUCAAAGAAUCCCUAUUAAAAUUGCUGCUAAUGUUUACGAGUGAGGGACAGUGUGAACCUUUCAGCUUGGUCACUUGUACUGUCAGGUCUCUGGCAACAAGCAUUAGGAGGAAGAAAGUGAAGUCUAGUUCUUGAGAACCCUUAAAGUUUUUAUUCGUUCUUACUAAAGGUUGAGCAGAUUGUAAAAUUUUUACUUUAUUGAAUUUGUAAUCGCUUUUUUUGUGGAAUACUUGAUGCGGCCCAGUCUCACUCAGACUCUGCCUCCUGCGACCCCAGGAUGAUUUGAGUUUGAGAACCCUGAUCUAGAUCAAAAUAUUCAAACUAUCUGGAUAUAAAACCAGUGCUAGGUUUGAUUCAGUUUGGACACAUUUUUUGUGUGGACAAUUAGGGCUAAGCUAAAAUUAUCUUUCUGGACAAUUAAGGCUAACCUAAAUUACUCUUUUUGGACAAUUAGGGCUAAGCUAAAAUUAUCUUUCUGGACAAUUAAGGCUAACCUAAAUUACUCUUUUUGGACAAUUAGGGCUAAGCUAAAAUUAUCUUUCUGGACAAUUAAGGCUAACCUAAAUUACUCUUUUUGGACAAUUAGGGCUAAGCUAAAAUUAUCUUUCUGGACAAUUAAGGCUAACCUAAAUUACUCUUUUUGGACAAUUAGGGCUAAGCUAAAAUUAUCAGGGUAGACAAUUAGGGACCAGGUAAAUUUAAGCAACACUGAAACAAAGUAGAUAAUUUUUUUCUAAAUGACUUCCUGAGUUAACAUAAAAAAAAACCAUGAAAUACAGGAAAUAUCAAUUGAUUUCAAUUCAUGCAAAAGGACAAUAGGACCAAACACAGACCAAUGGACACACAAACAAACCCAUUCUUGUGUAGACAGAUAGUUUGUUCCUUUUAAUCUAUGUCAUCUUGUGUUCUGCUCCACCCAGAAUGACAUAAACUUGGUGGACUGGUGGGUCGUCAACGGGACGCACUAUUCCAAGACCUUGGAGGCCUGGCUGGCCAAGAUGGAUGCCAGCAAGGAGAAGGUGGAGGAGAUCUUUGCCAAGGCUUACGGGAAGGAUGCCCCCCAGCAGACGUUCAACUGGAGACUUUUCUUCAUCUUCUGCUCAGAAGUCUUCGGCUACAAAGGGGGAAAUGAGUGGCAUAUAUCGCACCAGCUGUUUAAGAAAAACAUCGCUAGUGCAUUAUAAGCUUUCCAUUUGAUAUCACUAGGGAUGUCCUCCUGUACAUAAUUCCAACAUUGCCAGUGCAUUAUAAGCUUUCCAUUUGAUAUCACUAGGGAUGUUCUCCUGUACAUAAUUCCAACAUUGCCAGUGCAAUUAAAAGCCUUUCCAUUGACCAUCUCCAAGGAAUGUCAUCCUAUUUAUUAUUUUAGGGCUAAGCUAAAUAUAUCAUUAUAGACAGUUCGGGCUAAGCUAAAUUUAUCUGUUUAGACAAUUAGUAUUUACUUGAAUUAAAAAAUUAGCAAUUUGAUAUGACACAGAAUGGCACAUUCAUGACUUGUGUAUUAUUACUGUUUUUCCUUGGCACACCCAGAUGACCAAGGCAAUAUUGGUAGCCUUGACUUGAGCUGUAUUUUGUUCAAAGUGAGAGAGACAUCAGACAUCAGAAAUUUUUAAACCAUUUAUCAUUGAUGGAUCUAUUGUUGCUUUUAGUUGUGACCCACUCAUCCACUUUUUGACCCAUCUCAUCCUAGCUCCAUAAGGACCCAACCCACCCACCACUACAGACCCCUCUGCCCACCCUUGUGUGCAUGGAUUAUUCUUAUAUUGAAUAAAUGAAUACAGUUUGUUAUAAUCCAGUAAUUGUUCAAGAAAAAUUAAAAUGUGAUCUACUAAUUUAUUAUAUGUAUUUAUUAUGAUUGCAGAAUGAUAUAUUAUAUUAUUAAUUAUUGUACAUAUAAAAUUAUUUGUUUCUUGUACAAUUUAAAAAAAUAAAUGACAUCAGACUUCUAUCUAAA